UCAACUUAAUAAUAGUCCAAUCAAACUUAAAUAUUUAUAAAAUCGAACUGGAGUAGCUUGGCUCAUUUCUAGCCAUAAUGGAUGUGCAUCAACAAUAUAGUAUAUGUGAAAUAUUAAAUAUAGAAAUUCACAUAUAAUAAAAAUUUGUUUGUUUAAUAGUUGUAUGAUGGUUGUAGAUCAGAUUUGUUGAAGAGCGUUCUACUUAUCCACCUUCCACCACACUGCAACCCACCAAGUCUAACUCUCUCUCGCUCUAUAUAUAUGUAUAUAUAUCCAUAAUCCAUCCAAAAACAUCAUAUCGUACAUUCCUUGGUUCAUGAUGGCUCUGGUCACCAUUAAUAACAAAGCCGACGAACAGAAAGAAAGUUGGAGCAGAAAGAGAGUAAUAUAUCUUUUUGAGGAUGAAGAAGAUGAUGAAGACGAGCUUUUUGAGAUCGAUCUAGCGGUGGUGGAUAGCUUGCCGCUGCCGCGAUACUGUUGGGACGACGACUACAGCCGUUUCACCGCCGCAACCAGUAGUGCGCUUCUGGCCAACUGCUUGUUGCCCAUUUCUCAGCUCUCCUGCGCCGUUCCCAUGGCCGCCAAAGCUGGCGAUGCUCUUUUGCUUCAGCCCUCCACGCCGGUGCCGGUGGCUGUCUCCGGGUUACAACAUCACAUUCACAUAGAAGAAUAUAAGGAAGGUGAAGGGGAAUUUUUGAACGGGACAGUAUCGAAGUAUGGCGUGGAGCAGGGGGUUGCGGAAGCUAUUCAUCGAAACCGGUAGAUUAUCAGCUGUUUCCCGGGAGAUGUAAAAAGAGCAACUCCACUGGCUCCGGCUAUGGGAAGGACGCUUUCGUCUUUCUAACUUUGUCAUUCAGAGAAAGAGUACAGUGGAUAACAACACCGUACC